AUGAGGGAAGAGUCCGAGUCCGAGUCCUCCAGCUCCAGCUCCGACAGCGACGGGACCCGGAGCGAGGAAGGCGGGGAAGGCGGAGAUGUCGAGGCGCCGGGCUCCGAUGACGAGGCUGAGCCCGCAGAUCCCGAGGCUGUGGCUCUGGAAAAGGAGGCGGGAGACGAUCUCUAUCCAGAGUAUCCAGACGACGAGUCAGAAAGAGAGGAAGCGAUUCAGACCAGAACAGCCAUCAUGAAGGAAAGAGCCGCCAAAAAGGCGGCAUCCACGAUGUCUCUGUCUCGCUCCUGGACAAGAAGAACUUCCGGGGCAGAGAGCCCCCGCUCCCCGAGGUCGCCAGGGCGCGACUGGGCAGAGGGCGGCGACAGCUUCUCUCCCAAGCGAAGCGAAAAAGAGCCCAGUGACCCAGGCGACCCCAGCGGCGACGGCGACCCGAGCCCUCGCCGGCGAAAGUUCCGCCUCUGUGGUUUCGGAGUGCUUUCGCGGUUCCGGGCCUGUGGAGCCUGCUCAAGGCGCGUCGCACGAUGCUGCAGGCCCUGUGUCCGAUUCCUCAGACUUUUGUCAUGGCUUUGGGCUGGCUUUGAGUCCAGAUGCAAGCACGUGGCUUUUGCCAUCCGUUGCCUUUGCUGUCCCCUCGUCCUUUUGCUGGCAAUUUCCCGCUGUUGCUGUGGAAGCUCAGAUUCAGACGAACCAACAUCAACUUCGCGCUCAAAGCCGGUGAGGAAGAAGAGCGCACGCUCGAUGUCCCGAGGCUUCUCCCGAAGCGGCAGUAUGGCAGCAGGCCGCUCGUCAAUGAGCAGGAGUGGCACCUCCAUCCGCUUCUCCCAAGGCCCCAGCCACCAGCCCAAGAGCACCAUCAAAGUGGCGCACCCUCGCCUGCCUCAGGCAGAGCAGGAACAGAAGAAGGCCUCUGCGAGGGAGAGGUUCCGGGAACUGCGCCGGGAAAUGACCUCUGAUGCCGCGGAGCCUGCGGAGCUGGAGCAGCCACGGCAUGGCACCCUGCAGCGGGGCCAGAGUGGCUUGCGGGCGUCGAAGUCCUUUAUGGCCAAAGCACUUGCCCGCGGAGACAGCAGCUUCUCCGAGGCUCCGGAGCCCACCGGUCUCGCGGCCUUGGAUUGGACGGCCUGGUUGCCCUGGAACUGGGGCUCCACAUACGAGGUUUGGAAAGAAUCUCGCGUUGAGAUGUGGGCUAAUCUUGACAAGAUUCUGGAUGAAAUGGACAAGGAAGACCAGAGCAAAGUCACCGGUGAUGUCAUACGAUCACCGCUUCAGAGAAAGUAUGUCCGUGCCUGGCGCAUUUUCAUUUUUGCCUAUUGGGAUCCUUUCUUGGAUCUCCUUCCUACUUGGAAGACGGCGGUUGCCAUCUUGAUCAGCUCUCUGAUGAUAAUUCCAAUCUCCGGCUUUGUUGUAGCAUCUGUUCUGCUGGUGUCCAGUCUUCUACGCAACAUGGAGUAUGUUGAAGGUGACUGUCAGAUAGAGGCGCUGCCGGAUGCGUUCGAAACCAAGAAGGGCGUGGUGACGGAAGUUACAGGGACCUACCUCAUCAGGCGUUUCUACGAUGCCUCCGCCGAGCGAACCGAGGGCUUCGUGCUGCAACCUUGCCACAUUAGCGUGCCUUGUGAGCACGAAGACAUUGCUCUCACAGGCUUUCUGGAGAGGGAGAAAUGUGACAAGUUUCGAAUUUGGGCCUGGAGAGAUCCCGUGACUUGCUAUUAUCAUCAGGACGAUGAGUAUGGAAGUGCCCGUCGGGACCUCCUUUGUCUCUCUCGGCCUAGUGACCUUCAAGAAGAGAUCUUCGGAGUGGUGAUUGCCGGUGCGGCAGUGCUUGUGGCGAUUCUGAUUGUCAUUGUGGUGCUGAUUCGCCGGGCGCUCGACAGACGGGAAGCACAGAGGUUCCAAGAAGAAUGGGAGCGCCAGCUGGAGAAGCAGAGGGCAGAAGCGGAGGAGCGCGAGAAGGAGGAGGAAGCUCGGAGACAAAAAGAGGAACACCAACGGCGAGCAGAUGCGCACGAGGAAAUGGAGGACAUCGACGAUAAAGAUUGGGGACCUGACAAAUCAAAGUCCUUCUCCAAGCAGAAUACGAGGCUGACGCUGACGUUGUUGCACGAGGCGACCCAGUCGGAGUCCUUUUCUGUCAGCUUGGCCCCAUCAGAGUCUGUCUUACAGUCUGGCCGAACUCGAUUCGUUUCUGCACCUCCGGUAUAA